AUGGCUAUGAGGAACCUCAUCACUUGGAAUGCGUUGAUUGUGGGGCUUAUCCGCAACAAGCUGUACUGUGACGCGAUGGAAGCUUUUCGCUCGUUGUUGAACGAUGAUGGGCUCUUGACCCCUAAUCAAGUGAACUUGUCCAGCGUGCUGAGUGCAUGCUCAAAUGUGUGUACCAUCAGAUUUGGGAGAGCGGUGCAUGACUUGGUGGUUAAACUUGCAAUGGAGUUGUCUUUGGCCUAUGUGAGGAACUCGCUCAUUGACAUGUACUGUAAAUGUGGGUGCUUGGAAGAAGUUGCAAAGGUGUUCGACAGAUGUCCCGACAGAGAUGUUGUGACUUGGAAUGUUAUGAUGAUGGGUUGGAUUGAAAGUGAUUGA